AUGCCGCAAGCCCGACCGCCAACUAUGCGCGAAAAAUAUCCAGCUCUCGCGUUCAUCAUGCGCCAUAUUGAUGAUGUUCCCGACAUAACCUUCACUCGAUACCUACAAGACGCCGUCCAGCAGGCCUCCGAAACAGCGCUCUGCCUCGCCGUCGCAGGGCAGGUGGGCGCCGCAACGGCCAUUGUAUCGGCUCUGCGGGAGCACUGCUCCGCCGACGUGCUCUUCUCCCCCGCGUUGGAAACGACGUACCCUUUCCUGAGUCCCUGCAUGUUUUUCGCCUGGGAGGCCACGUCUUCCUGGCCCGAGUGGAUCCCUGCUUCUGAUCGGACCGAGGAAAAACUGGCAGAGAUGGAACAGAAAGCCAAAAAGCACUGGCUGCAGUUUUUCACCGAGAGAUGGAGCGCCGACGCCGAGACCGCCGACAAAGCCAGGACCAUGGCCGCCACCACGAUCAACCGGGCGUUUCCUCAGGAUGCGACCGAGGAAUCUGACAGGAUCUUGCUGAUUGCGCGCUGGGUCACCGAGGGGAGGUACGGGUAUGCGGCGGACCCGAACGGACCGCUCGAUGCCCGCUACAUGGACGUGGCGAUGCGCUGGAGGAGCGGAGUGCACCCGACGUCUUUUAUGCAGCUGUACCGAUCUGCCGGGCUGGCCAUCGCGCUGGACGUAUAUCUUUCCACGGCAGGGACUGAGGAAAAGGCCGAAGAGGUGUUUCGAGAAAUUGCGGAGAGGUUCACGUUUUUUGAGCAGGCCGAGAUGCUCGCUUGCUCGAGGGCCGCCUGGAAAAGGCUGCUGGCGAAGGAAAAUGGAGAUCAACCCCUGCUCCGAGCACUAGAAAUCGAUAGCGGCGACUUGAGAAGCGCGGCAGACAGGGCUGUGCACAUUGUGGAAAAGCGGCUGCGUGAAGGGGCGGUGAAGUCCUUUGACGGAACGACAAAGACGAUGGAGGAGUUGGCAAAGCGGAUAAGCAACAACACGAUGAAAAACUGUCCAUGGGAUCAACUUUGCGUUUUUGAUCCAGAGCAGAGAAAGCCCGACAACGAAGGGGGAUUGCUCCGGCCACCGACCGCCAAGGCUUCUGAGUUGGAAACGAGGCUCGACACUGAGCUUCCCCAAGACUACAAGGAGCUGUUGGCCGCGACAAACGGCAUGGAGCCUAUCUGGAACGGUGGGCCCCUGUUGGACAUUCUAGCCAGGGCCGAGGAGGUGGACUGGAUGGACAUCGAGCACCUAUCCAACUUGCAAGCGUGCAUGGUCCGGGAUGAUGAUCCUCCCCCACACAGCGGGAAUGAGCUGAAAUGGCCAAGCUUACCGCCAAAGGCCAUUUCCUUAUCACCAGCCGGUAGUCCUGCGCACCUGCUGCUUCUGGACAGAAAGACAACCGCUGCGUGUAAGCAAGGUUUCUUUGAGCAGUUUGAGCAGCGCACCGCGGAGCAGAAGAAAGAGCUGGAGCGAGUCGUAUGUGAGACGUACGGCUCCAUGGAGGAGUUUCGGGCUGUCGAGAAAGGGCUGAUCCUGUGGCGGGAUUACGAGCUCGAUAUGGUGGCAUACAACGGGGUGAGGGGUUUGUUGGAGGUCUUGGCUGUGGAGAGUAUGAGAAAGUACCGGCCUUGGUUGAGGAUAUAUGAGCCGCGAAGGCGAAUGGUUUCGGAUGGCGAGGGCUGGGAUUAA